AUGAACUGGGUCUUACUGGUAACUGGGAGCUUGAUUCACUAACCAGUAAAGUGUCUCAGAGCAGAACAGACAAUAAUCAGUUUAUCUCUAACGGCUGCACUGAUUCAGCCUCAGACGGCUUUAAUCACCUGACAUGACAAACUCUGCUCUAAUUGGCUGAUAAGUCUCUGGUCUAUUAAUUAGUGGAGUCAGACCUGAAGUGAUCUGUCUGCUGAUGAUGAUGAUGAUGAUGAUGAUGUUCAGACUGUUUCCCGUCUGGAUCUUCUGGUUUUUAAAUCCUGUUUGUGUUUCUCCUGCAGCUGCUGGAACAUGUUCGCUCCCCUGAUUCCAUGUUAACCCUCGAGGAGCAUCACGUCCGGCUCAGGAGCUAACUACACUACCCACAAUCCCCCAGAACUGACCAGCCAGUCUGAGCUUAUAUCAGAUAGAAGAACAACACUCAGAGGAACAACAACUACAGGAACACAACAACAACACAACAACAACAACAACACAGCAGCAGCAGCAGCAGCAGCAGCAGUGGUGUGAAGAGGACCACCAUGGCCAACAACACGGCGGACCACCCUCCGGGGAACUCGGUUGCCGAGGGCAACCAUGACGGGGACUUCGGGGUGAGCCUGAUGGACCUGAGGAACCUGAUGGAGCUGAGGAGCGCCGAGGCCGUCAACAUGAUCCGAGACACGCACGGAGACGUCCAGGGCAUCUGCCGCCGCCUCAAAACCUCCCCCAUAGAAGGUCUCUCUGGGAACCCGGUGGAUCUGGAGAAGCGCCACACGGCGUUCGGUCAGAACUUCAUCCCCCCGAAGAAGGCGAAGACGUUCCUGCAGCUGGUGUGGGAAGCUCUGCAGGACGUCACGCUCAUCAUCCUGGAGAUAGCUGCCAUCAUCUCGCUGGGCCUGUCCUUCUACCACCCACCAGGGGGCGACAGCGAAGCGUGCGGCCAGAGCUCGGGCGGCGUGGAGGACGAGGGCGAGGCCCAGGCCGGCUGGAUCGAGGGGGCGGCCAUCUUGUUCUCGGUCAUCAUCGUGGUGCUGGUGACGGCCUUCAACGACUGGUCCAAGGAGAAGCAGUUCAGGGGCCUGCAGAACCGCAUCGAGAAGGAGCAGAAGUUCACCGUCAUCCGCAAAGGACAGGUCAUCCAGAUCCCCGUGGCCGAGAUCGUGGUGGGAGACAUCGCCCAGAUCAAAUACGGAGACCUGCUGCCUGCUGACGGGAUCCUGAUCCAGGGAAACGACCUGAAGAUCGAUGAGAGUUCUCUGACGGGAGAGUCGGACCACGUCAGGAAGUCUCUGGAGAAAGACCCCAUGCUGCUGUCAGGGACUCAUGUGAUGGAGGGAUCAGGCCGGAUGGUGGUUUCAGCCGUCGGCCUCAACUCUCAGACUGGAAUCAUCUUCACGCUGCUGGGAGCCGGAGACCACGACGAGGAGAAGAAGGCCAAGAAAAGUAAAAAACAAGGACCCCCCGAAAAUCGCAACAAAGCCAAGACCCAGGACGGCAUCGCUCUGGAGAUCCAGCCGCUGAAGAGCGACGAGGCAGCCGAGUCGGAGGAGAAGGAGGAGAAGGAGGAGGUGAAACCUGUGAAGAAGGUCAACGUCACCAAGAAGGAGAAGUCGGUGCUGCAGGGAAAACUGACCAGACUGGCUGUUCAGAUCGGGAAGGCUGGUCUGAUCAUGUCGGCCGUGACCGUCAUCAUCCUCAUCCUGUACUUCGUCAUCGACACCUUCGGGAUCCAGGGCCGGUCCUGGGAGGCCCAGUGCACGCCCAUCUACAUCCAGUACUUCGUCAAGUUCUUCAUCAUCGGCGUGACGGUGCUGGUGGUGGCCGUCCCCGAGGGGCUGCCGCUCGCCGUCACCAUCUCCCUGGCCUACUCCGUCAAGAAAAUGAUGAAGGACAACAACCUGGUGCGUCACCUGGACGCCUGUGAGACGAUGGGCAACGCCACGGCCAUCUGCUCCGACAAGACGGGCACGCUGACCAUGAACCGGAUGACGGUGGUGCAGGCGUACGUUGGCGACACACACUACAAAACCAUCCCCGAACCCGACGCCAUCAAGGCAGAGACUCUGGAGAUUAUGGUCAACAGCAUCUCCAUCAACUCUGCGUACACCACCAAGAUCCUGCCUCCGGAGAAGGAAGGCGGUCUUCCUCGCCACGUGGGCAACAAGACGGAGUGCGCUCUGCUGGGCAUGGUGCUGGACCUGAAGAGGGACUACCAGCCAAUCAGAGAGGAGAUCCCUGAAGACAAACUCUACAAGGUCUACACCUUCAACUCCUCCCGCAAGUCCAUGAGCACGGUGCUGAAGAACGCCGACGGAGGCUUCCGCAUGUACAGCAAAGGAGCCUCAGAGAUCGUCCUCAGGAAAUGUUCUCGUAUCUUGGACGCCCAGGGUCAGCCUCGUAUCUUUAAGCCGAAGGACCGUGAUGAGAUGGUGCGUAAGGUGAUCGAGCCGAUGGCGUGCGACGGCCUGAGGACCAUCUGCGUGGCUUACAGGGACUUCCCCGUCGAGGGCGGAGAACCCAACUGGGACCUGGAGAACGAAAUCCUCAACGACCUCACCUGCAUCGUGGUGGUGGGGAUCGAGGACCCCGUCAGACCUGAGGUCCCUGAAGCUAUCUCUAAGUGCCAGCGUGCCGGCAUCACCGUCCGCAUGGUGACCGGAGACAACAUCAACACGGCGCGCGCCAUCGCCACCAAGUGUGGCAUCCUGCUGCCCAACGAGGACUUCCUGUGUAUGGAGGGCAAAGAGUUCAACCAGCAGAUCAGAAACGACCAGGGAGAGGUGGAACAGGAGCGUCUGGACAAAGUUUGGCCCAAACUUCGUGUUCUGGCUCGUUCCUCACCGACGGACAAACACACUCUGGUCAAAGGAAUCAUCGACAGCACGGUGGGAGAAACCCGACAGGUGGUCGCUGUGACCGGAGACGGCACCAACGAUGGCCCCGCCCUCAAGAAGGCUGAUGUCGGCUUCGCCAUGGGAAUCGCCGGCACCGACGUGGCCAAGGAGGCGUCUGACAUCAUCCUGACGGACGAUAACUUCACCAGCAUCGUGAAGGCGGUGAUGUGGGGCAGGAACGUCUACGACAGCAUCUCCAAGUUCCUCCAGUUCCAGCUGACGGUCAACGUGGUGGCGGUCAUCGUGGCCUUCACCGGCGCCUGCAUCACUCAGGACUCCCCUCUGAAGGCGGUGCAGAUGCUGUGGGUGAACCUGAUCAUGGACACGUUGGCGUCUCUGGCGUUGGCGACCGAGCCGCCCACCGAGUCUCUGCUGCUGCGCCGGCCCUACGGACGCAACAAGCCUCUGAUCUCCAGGACCAUGAUGAAGAACAUCCUGGGCCACGCCAUCUACCAGCUCGUCAUCAUCUUCACGCUGCUCUUCGCCGGCGAGACGUUCUUCGACAUCGACAGCGGCCGUAACGCUCCGCUGCACGCCGGCCCGUCGGAGCACUACACCAUCGUCUUCAACGUGUUCGUCAUGAUGCAGCUCUUCAACGAGAUCAACGCCAGGAAGAUCCACGGGGAGAGGAACGUGUUCGAGGGCAUCUACAGGAACCCCAUCUUCUGCAGCGUGGUGCUGGGGACCUUCGCCCUGCAGAUCGUCAUCGUUCAGUUCGGAGGGAAGCCGUUCUCCUGCACGGCUCUGACCAUCGACCAGUGGCUCUGGUGCGUCUUCAUCGGAGUGGGAGAGCUGCUGUGGGGACAGCUGAUCUCGGCCAUCCCCACCCACCACCUAAAGUUCCUGAAGGAGGCGGGUCACGGCACCACCAAGGAGGAGAUCCACGAGGAGGAGCUGACGGAGGGAGCCGACGAGAUCGACCACGCUGAGAUGGAGCUGAGGAGAGGCCAGAUCCUCUGGUUCAGAGGCCUGAACCGCAUCCAGACGCAGAUGGACGUGGUGUAUACGUUCCAGACGGGCCAGGCGCCGGUGCCCGGUGCCCUGCGCCGCCAGCCGUCCGUCGUCAGCCAGCACAAUGACAUUAAGGUGGUGAACGCGUUCCGUAGCUCCCUGUACGCCGGGCUGGAGAGCCCAGAGUCCCGUAGUUCCAUCCACAGCUUCAUGGCCCAUCCUGAGUUCGUCCCCCAGUCGGAGGAGGAGGCUCGCAUCCCCACCAUCGAGGAGAGCGGAGACGAGAUCGAGGUGGAGGUGGAGGUGGACCCCCUCCUCAGCGCCUCCUCCGGGGCGGCGGGGGGAGGAGGAGAGCCGCCCAGCGCCUUCCCCCACAGCUGGGAGUCAUCCAUCUGAGCUCCUCCUCCUCCUCCUCCUCCCUCCUCUUCAUCAUCUGUCAUGCCACCAACUGAACUGUCGCAGUGAGGAGGGAAGUCACUGCGUCUCCUCAUCGCUUCACAUCGUCUCCACCCUUCACUCAUUCCUGCCACAUUGUGUUUUUCAUACUGACUGUGGCGUCGCUCUGCCUGUAAGUUUGUCCCUCCACCUCCUCCUCCACCUCCUCCACCUCCUCCUGCAUCACUAGAGGGUGGAGCCCCGAGUCUCCACUGUGGAAGUCUUUGUCCAUUCAUGUAUAUUUUUUACUUGAUGAUCCUUUUAAAAAGCUUUUAAAACUUGGUUGGGUUCGAUCUUUUUCUGCGGGGACUCGCAGCAGCAGCAUGUCGUGUUCUGUGCUCGCUUCAUUCCUGCGAUUCUCGAAAAAACGGCACCGAACUUUUCAAAGAGUGCAGUGAUUCUCAUGUACAUAACGCUUCUCUCCGCUCCUCUACACAGCUAACAGCCGGGUUUGGUGAUCAGAAGAUUUAUAGGCAAAUGCAAAAAUGUUAACCCUUUGUUUGUUUUUUUGUUUUUAAAAACCUCUAAAGAAUGUUAAUUGAUGGUUGAUUCAAACUCCAGAGAAUGUCACUACAGUCUCCAAGGUUCAACUGUUAAAAGAAACUGUUCUUCCCUUUAUCGUGUCUGUAUCUGUUGCUCUUUCUUUUAUCAGCUGUGUUGCAUGUGGAAGGACAGAAUGUUUACUCCCCAAAAAUAUCCACCACGGCGGAGUCCUUCCUCCGGGGGUCCGACCUCAUCUCAUCCAGUCAGGGUUCUGGUUCUCUCCGCCCCUCCCCCCCCCCAAAGUACGUCCACAGUGUCGAUAGGAAACGGGAGUGUGGUUCAUGUUUCCCGCUCUAGUAGGAUGCAUGUUAUGUUUCAUUCGUGUUGAGUCGCAUGAUAACUUAGGAAUGAAUAUUUGGGAUUCUGUUUAGACGACCAUAUGUGUGUUUAGUCUGCAGCAGCGUCUGUUCAGAGCCGUUAACUUCCUGUCUGUCGGACCGAACGUCCUGUUGCAAACACAACCGGACAAAAACAGACUCAUGGGUACUGUUCUCCACUAAUAAUCAGUCAGUGAGGUGUAGUCUGAAUUUACUACCUCUCUGAGAGAGAAGAUCAAUCAAAGAUCAAGUCGAAGUUCCUUUUAGUUUUCUUUAUUAUCAGACAUCAGAAUACACUGCCGAGGUACAGCGGACGAGAACUUUGUCCAUUUCAAGGCUGCUGAAAAAAGGUGGCCCCAAGUCCAAUGAAGCCCUCAGUCCUCUCUGCCUUUUUCUGUCUUUGAUCAUUUAAUUUGAAUGUUCCAGCACAUACCCAACACAUGGGCACGUUUCCUCCGGGAAAGAUUAGCUGCUAAGUCUACUUUUUAACCUUUAAAGGAAUUCAACCUAUACUUGUUUAUAUUUCUGCUUCCAAACGCCUCUAGUGUCUGACAACUCCCAGAUCCUACAGUGUGUUAUUUCUGGUUUAAACCAGUUGUUACAGUUCUGAUCUGAACAAAAGAUCAGACUGGGGCCCUUUAAUGAAAGACUUACAUUAAAAGUAACAUAAAAUAUACUACAGAGGCUAUAAACUUGGUGGUUUCCUGCUAACGUGCAUACUCGUGCAGGGAAAAGACGCUGGUGGUAAUCUCCACUCACUUUGGACGAACUUUCCUGGCAGAGAGAACAUUGAUGAAAUGAGGCCACAACAUACGCUGAACGCCUUGAUAGAAAUGAUUCAGAAAGGGGACCAGUAAUUCUCAUUUUCAGGUUAAUUCUAGUCUUCUAGGUUUUUGAUAGAACAUAUUUACAUGCUCAGCUUGAAAAAUCACCAAUAAAAGCAUCUAAACCUACACAAUCGAACAUGUUCCAGCUGGAUUGUGAUCCAAAAUUAGUGAUAAUUAACAAAAAUUGGCGACCAAGAUCACAGGAUUCCCUGAUGUUAGCAUGUAGCUACAUGUAGCGGCGUAUGUAAUGGAGAAACUGACCACAUGGCACCAACUGACGUUAGCUCCAACCGAGAGGAGAAAAACUUUUCUGCAGACAGUGUUCGAAAGAGUCACAAUCAAAGUUUUUACUUUAACAGACCGCAUUAUUUUAAACUUUGGCCCCCUUUAAUAUCAACAUCUGACACUAAUCGUAUCAGGAAAUAAGGAAAAGCAGAAUAGGUCCCCUUUAAUUGGAAUUUGAAACGUGAAACCAGGAUACCUAACAGAUGAAGGAUAUCAUUAACUGUCUUAAAACGCUGACUUUUCUUGUGUUCUCACCACCUUCCUCCUCCUGACUGAGCAGCUCGUAUUAGAUGAGACUCCCUAUGAACUAUGACCAAUAAAAAGUGACCAUGACACUGUGAGGCGCCCCUCGCUAAACACUGCCCUAAUCUAGUCAAAGUGUCAUUCCAGUCAAAGCUGACCAAACGUUCAGUUCACAUCUUUCCAAGCUGAACUCUACUGCCACAGGAUGAUCUGUUUUCUUCCCUUUUGUCCCUACAAAAUAAAAUCCAAAAUGCUUGAUUUAUCCAUUUUCCUCUACUUAUUUAGAUCUGGGUAGAAAGAUCGCUCCAGCUUACCUUCACCUUUCCCCAGACACAUCUUCGUUGAGUUCGUCCUGGUGGAUCCUGAGGUGUUCCCAGACCAGAUGGGAUGUCUAAUCCCUGCAGUGUGUUCAGGGUCUGAUGGUAAACCAUCUCAACUCCUUCCAGUCAGGGCUCAGGACCAACCAGUGUCCUGUGAGGAGCUACUGGCAGCUACCGGUCUGGUUUAACUGUGGUUGCUCCUGAAGGAGUCAGUGUAGAUCAAAGCUGCUUAAAGUGGCAAUAACGUCCCCCAGAAACACACGUUGUCUUUAAUCCGGUCCAGAACUAGAGACACCAUGCGAAUGACGCAGGAAUAUCGUUCUGUCAUAGAGCUGUUUGAUAAAGUUGGCGCCGUUCACUGUUGAAGUGAUUUGGAAAAACACUUUGGAAACCAUUUUUGUUUGGAUUAGGAGAAGAGGAGGAAGAAUCCUUGAGUCUUUAUCAGACAUCAGGUCUGCAAACACGUGAAUCCGAUGUUCAAGGACUUUAUAAUAAGAGCGAUCACACUAGAAUAAAUUCACGGGAACAAGCGUAAAGUUCGGGACGAUGGAGCGACUUCAGUAUCGAUGAGUCUGUUUUGGGUCUCAGUGAAGGAAGUUCUGCUCCACUAAACAGGACUUUGAUGAUCUGAACAGAUUUCUGGACCGUCUCUCUGUGUUUAAGACAAAUCUUAGUACCAGGUCGGAUGUUUUCGUUCCCACGUUUUUCCAGUUCCAUCUGUCGGUCUGUGACAUCACACAGCCAGCAGCAGAGAAGCUGUUUGACCAUCAUCAUCAUCACCAUCGUCACGUCUCUCUGCUCUGCUGUGUUUAGAUCGACAGGUCAAUGUGGCGCCCACGCUGAGGUCAAAAGGGCAACUGAUGAUGUCACCAGUCGACCCGUAGAGUUAAAUCCACUGUGCGCGCCCCCCCCCCCCCUCGCUGCCGCUCAGUACUUCCUGCCUGCCGUUGUCCGCAGAUUAAUGUCUUAAAAGAAGAAGGAAUCAUCUUCCAAUCAGAAGCAGCGAUGCGUGUAAUCCCCUCUUAGUCCGACUAGCAGCCAUCGACCUAUCUAUGAACUAGGACACGUUAUUGAAGUAAUGUGCUACUACUGCCAUAUUUCCUAAUUUUUUUGUCAUGACUAGGUUCUUCCUCUCCCCUCUGAUGAGCUUUUUCUAUGUAACUCAGAGCCAUAUUUUAUAGGUUGUCUGUAUUGUUUUUUAUCUCAUUGUUAUCGAGGUUUCCUUUGGACUUUCUCACCCCCCUCCUCCCCCUGGCCCUUUACUCCAAACAUGACCAAAAAGCAAGGAGAAAAUCUUCAGUCGUCACUGCCGAACCAAGUUUAAAGGACCUCUACAAUGUUUACAUGAAAAGCAAGUGGGUGGCAGUUCGCCUGCGCUUCUCUCAUCCGACCACUUCCCUUUCAUUCCCUUGCUUUCCUGAAUCUUAGAGUUACUAUUUAACUAAAUGGGGAAUCUUUCUUGCAUGGUUUUCAUAUAAAAUUCAAUGUUUUGCUCAUUUUUUACAAUUCUUCUGUAUUUUUAUAUUAAGUACUUUUUAAUAUUUUGGAGAUAUAUGAAUAUAUAUGUAUAGGCUGAAGAGUUUGGUGACAGUGCAGUACAUGAAUGAGAUGAAUCUAACGUGGACUCUGUCUUUUUACAGCUCUCUAAAUAUUUAUGCCACGUGUGUCGUCUUGGUCACCUGAUGUUAGGGCUCAGAAACCUGCAGUGACUUGUUUACUUCCUGUCGGCCGUUCAAUUGGAAUCUCAACAAUUUAUUCUCAUCAGCCCCCUUUUACAUGAGUAUAUUCACUUGAUCUAAGAUGUUGUGACACACUACACGCUAUGUGAUUUUGCAGUUAUCCAACUCCAUUAGAGUUCAGCCAAUGCAACGUGAAUACAGCUAACUGUAUCAAACAUUAAAUUGGAGUGUAUAAUUAUUUAUCCAACCUCUGGGUUUCUUUGUUUCUGUACUUUGAAGCUACAACGACUGAUUUCUUUUGAACGAGUGGACUGAUGCUGUUUUCCAACUGACUGUUGUCGGAGCUGACGACUUUAAAGAGGAUCACAGCUGUGUCCCGCUUCAGGCUCCGCCUCUUUUUUGAAGGGGGGUGUGGCCUAUGAAGGUGUGUUUCGUCCAAUACGAGCUCCGACCCCUUGAGACGGACCAAAACUUGAGAAGAAGUAACCUGAGGACCAAAGCAGAGCCGGCCCAAAUCAUUAAACUAACCAAUGAGUUGGUUUGAGCCCUCAAAGUCUUCAAAGUGGACUCUACAAACCUCCACAACCCCAACGUACAUUCAUCUGUUCUUCUUUUUGUUAAAGAGACCUAGUUCCUGUUUGCCAAAGGCAUUUUAAGGCUAAGACUAAGACACUUUUAUUGUUGGUCUAUGGGUUCUGAGCUAAAAGGGAAUCUGAGUUUUCACUGCAUGAUACGGCUCUACAGGUUUUGGUAUCUGGUCUGCGAAUGGUUGCCACGGCGAUCUUGACUGAUCGCCUCGACAUCAACUUCAAUUUGACGAUUGAUCAAUCUUUUCAUUGGCACAGAAGCAGCAUUAACGAAUCUGGCUGGUGUGAAUAAAAUAAAAUGCAGCCACUGUUGACGCCAACGUCAUUAUUUAAACAUCAUUUAUAAGUACAGACUGUUCUGUGUACAAUAAAAUCAAUCAGUGUUUCAACUCCACCUUCUACCAUCGCUGAGCUCAUUUAAGAGCCUAUAAUAAAAUUAUUUUUAAUUUUAUAAAUAAAUAAAUAAAAACUGUUAAUUCUUCUGACCUUCCCAGAGACUGCAGAUGGAAAUUAGCUUUUAGCUAAAAUCUGGCACAAGCCAUCUUUUUACUCCACGUAAUUAAUUAACCUUGUACAUGGUCCCUGUUUUAAAUAAGCCAAUAAACUAAACUAAACCCGUUCACACACACAUUCAUACUGGUGGCAGAGGCUAUCCUUAACGCCACCUGCCACCAUUGGGAAUUUAUUCACACACUGAUAAACGCAGCAUCGGGAGCAAUUUGGGGUUCAGUAUCUUGCUCAAGGAUACUUCGACAUGUAGGCUGCCAUGGUCGGGGAUUUAACCACCAACCUUCAAAUCAAUGGGUGACGGAUCUGCCAACGGAGCCAAAGCCGUCUCCAUAACGACAGGGCUACCUCCUUUUAGACAGACGCUGCAUGGUUUGUCUUGGAGGAGCUAAAAGUGCCAAUGAAAAGGGUCCUAUUGGAACUGUGAUCAACAAAAAACAGUUUCAGGAAUGAUCCACAGCUUUUGCUAAUGGAAGACCAAAGAAAGUGCGGAUCAAGUCGAGCCGUUCUGUGCAGUGAAAAAACGGCAUUAGACCCAAUCCCAACUGGUCCGACAGCAGGUUAUGGUCUGAAUCCAGCUCGUCCGGGGGUCUUACGUCGUGUUUUGAUUGUUUGGGGCCAACUGAACCCAUGGAGACCUCCGCCAACAUUGGGGGCCCAAUCAAAAUGUAAACCCCCUUUGAGUUCCUACAAUUAAUGACUGUGAGCUGGAAUAGCUUUACUUUAAAGUAAUAGCUUCAAAGUUUUGGGGUUGCUUUGACUGAAUCAAACAUUAGGGCUACCGAACCUCAGUAGGCUUCUCUUAGGCACCGACCAAAUUGCCUCCAUAGCAUUAAGAAUGAAGAAAUUCAAGUUUCGGCACCGGUAUCAAACAUUCCAACUGUUGACUCAACAAUUCCCAAUGAUACUGUGUCGAAACCCUUUUUUUUGUACAUUUAAACGUUUUCUUUCACUGAUUUGACUGUUGCUGUCCAUGUUUGGAUACCAGGGGCUGGAUGGGCCAAGGCCCCCCAAAACAAACCAGGCUCGGUGGCCCUGGACCUCAGGUUGGCUCGUCUAAAUUGAGGCCAAAGAAGGAAAAGGACGCCACAUUUUUGAUCAUGAACAUUGAGACAUUGAAGGAGGCGGAGCUUGUGACGGGACACAGCUGCAACUGUAGAUGUCAUCGCCAUUUUAUACCAACUACCAACUUCAGAAACAUUUCCCGGGAAGAGAGCCGGACUGUUAAAGCGCUCGUGACAUCACUUCCUCUUCCUGCCGUGUGUCCGUUGGUUGGAAAUGAGACGCACUUUUUCCAAACGAUGAUGCGUUUUCUCUCUCUCUCUCUCUCUCUCUCUCUCUCUCUCUCUCUCUCUCUCUCUCUUUUGUUCAACUGCUGAAUCUGACAGAACAGCUGUGCUCCUACAGUCAGUACAAUGUAAAUAUUGUCAUAUAAGUGAAUGAAGUGAACCUGCUGUCUGUGUCGGUGACAGGAAAUGGGAGAGGGGGCAAUCAGCCAAUCAUCACCCAGCAAAGCUUUAAGGAUGUUCUGCCAAAGUCGUUUUCUCUUUGAUUUUAAAUCUUCUGCACAAGUUUGUUUUUUGGAAAGUUUGCAGUCACCUGACUCCCCUUCCUCCCGUCCUCCCUCCCUCCCUGCCGCCUGGAUUAGAUUGUCCCUCUGUUUGACUGGUUGGACUGGUUGGACUGGUUGCCCCUCACAUCUCAUGCCAGGCGCACAGCACAGCCGCUGCCGCCGCCAUCGGAGACGCGGAGUUCACCAGAUCUCAGUUUUCCAAUAGGACUUGUGUACGGAAAAGGAACUCGCUUCUUCUUCUUCUCCAGUCAUUGUUGCAUUUUGACUGCUUCCUCUUCAGAGCACUGCCUUUUCUCAGAACAGCUUCCUGUUAUCGGAUCUAAAAGGAAUUAUUUGGAGAACCUUCACAUCCACUUCAACAUUCACAAAUAAUUAAAAAAAAAUGAUUCAAAUGAACUGGAAUACCACAGUUGGAAAAGUCAUAACCACUCAACAUAUAUAUCUAUAUAUUUAUAUAUUAUCUGUAUGUAUUUAUAUCUAGUAUAUAUAUGUAUAUAUACAUAUUAGAUAUAAGUACAUAGAUAUAUAUAUAUGUAUAUGGUUUCUCAGUUGAACUUCAUUGCAAAAAAGACUGAAAAAGAUUUGUUUUUCUGUAAUUACUAUGAUACACAGUAAUAGGCGUUGGUGUUAUUUUUGUAUAAACAUAAUAUCAUCUAUGUGGCAUGCAUGACAUAUAUACAAAUUUGGUGGUUUAAAGCAAUAUGUCCAACCUGGUGCGAUUGGUUCUGUCGUGUUCUGUGUAGCCUAAAGCCACUCUGUGCGAAAAGAGAUAAAAAAUCAAAAAAGAGAAACUGCAUUUGGAUAAAACUAACUGUUCAGUAUAUGUGUUCAAUGUUCUGUGUUCUGCAUGUUUUAGUAUGGAAUGAAACAUCCCAAAAUGUUGACUUGUUUUUACCAAAUGAAUCUCAAACACACGCCCCAAACACAUGCAACAUCACACAAACAGACACACACACACACACACACACACACUCUCAUGUAUUUGCACUGUGAGGUGAAACACACUGAGGAAAUUAAAACUGUGUGACUUCUGAUGGAUGGAUUGAUGAAAGAUGAACAUUCUGUCUUUUUCUUUUCUUUUUUAUUUCCCAUCGUCUAAUUUAUCCAAAAAUAACUUGUAACAGACAUCCUCCCGUCCCAAAACACACACACACACACACACACACAAACGCUGAGAUUUCCAGAUUCUCCUGAACUCAUCACCCACUCAUCUGUGUGCAGUGAGAGCAGGAGGGAGACGGUUUAACAGUUAACAGGCCUGAAUCCUUCAGGUCGGCUUCUGUUCUGCAGGUGUCAUCAUCUCACCGAUCACAUCCAUUGAUCUCCAUCUUCCUUUUUAUCCUCCUGCUUCUCUUUUCUCCAGCUGGAGGAGAAAAUGAGGAUAAUGGAGUUUGUUGCUCACCUGUGAAAAGUCUGUUCAUGUCAGAUUUUAUUCAGCACAGAUAAAUCCGAGUGUGUGUUCAGUUCUGUCAAGUCAUAAGUACGGCUGCAAUGAAGGACUUAUCUAUCGAUCGAUUCAUUCUUCUUUCUUUUUUACAAACUGCAACCAGGGGCUCUAAAGUCUUUGGCAGCCACAGUUUUUGACAGAAGAAGCUGAAAUUUGGCAUAGAGAUCAAAUGCUUGUGUGGAAAUAUGUGUGUUUGUUUUCACGACAUUUGGCUUAAAGGGGGCGUGGUAAUGGGCGUGGCCUGUCCCUGAGAAGGUUCAUUACUUUCAACGGUCUUGCACAAGAUUAGGUGGAAAGGCUGCUGACCGAAAGACGAGCUGGUUGUCUGACUUCAUGAAGAGGUGACUUCCUGUUUCCUUCAGCCACUUCAGCAUCUUUCAUAACUCAUAAAUCUUUCAUUGUGUGUCCAUCCAACAACUUCUGACUCCCAACUUCCAGAUGCCAACAGACGCUCUAGUUACCUUUCUACCUUCUGGAACGUGUCAGAGCAGCAUAUUGGCUUUUCAAAAUAAACUUCCAUGUUCACAGAACUGGUUAAGAUUACACUGUAAAACCAAUUUGUUGGUGUCGAUGCUGCGAAAUAAUUUUAUGUCAAGACAACAAAGACAAUAGAGACUCAAAUGAAUCUCACUAUUUGACUCAAUAUUUCAAGUUGAAAUUAUUUUUUUGCACAAAUAUUUGUUGUAUUGAAAAAGAACAACUUUGGGUUUUACAGUGUAGGCAACAAAGCUCCUUGGUUAGGAAGAAGAAGUGUUACCAUAGUGACAGAGAACAUAAUGCAUCUACAUACCUGUUCAUUUUCAGGUUACCUUGACUUGUGGUCACCAGUCUCAUGGUCCAAAGUCAAGGUCUUUAUAUUUAAUUUGUUGCUUUGACUGUAAAGUAAUGACCAGGAUGGUUUUACAUUGGGAACAUUGGGGAACUGACCAAAAAUCAGGGUCUGAUGAGCUGGGAGUGAGAACGGACUGGUGGACCCUUUAACAACCACAACUCUCUCUAUCCGAGGCUUUAUAUUUAACUACCUGUCAGACUGUGUGUGUGUGUGUGUGUGUGUGUGUGUGUGUGUGUGUGUGUGCAUUGAUGCAUGCUUGUAUUUGGUCACAGUUAUUUCGAAUUCAAACGGAUUGAUCAAUAUACUGUUUUGUUUUGAGCAUUUCAGAAAAUAUAUGAACAAUUAGCAACAGCUAAUCUGUUAUGUUGAGUUACCAGGUCAAAGAGACUUUACUGUUGAGUUCUUCAUCUAGUUCAGUGAUAUUGAAGAGAAGGCAGAAAUAUCUGCAGCUGAUAACUCCAAACAAUCUAGAUUGAUGAAUAGCACUAGAGGUAGGAUGAUAGGUGUUUAUGGUUUAGGGUUAACUGUCCCUUUAAUAUGGCACAAAAAUGAUUGUUUUUUCAUUCCCAUCAGCCUCAGCUGCAGUUUGUGUUGAUCUGCAAAUGUAAUGUAGACUAGGAAGCUGUUCAGACCUGGUUAACAUGUUUCAGGGUGAUCAGCUCUGGUUAGCUCUGCUCACACCUGCCGCUAAAAUGCUUCUCUGUAUGCUUGAGUGACCCUAACCGUAAGCCAACCCAACCCCUGAACCUAAACCUACCCUAACCCUAACUGAACCUAGCCCUAACCCACUUGUGAUUAGAUCUCACUGUCCAGCUCUUUAUGUAAAUGAACAUGGAGUAAACACAUUGCUAAAAGAGCAGUUGUUGCAAUGUGCAGGAAUGUCUGUAGUAAAAUCCUACAUAAAUGUGAAUUAGGGUUCACUUUAUGAACCUCAGUAUCAGGUUAUUGUCUCCCAAAGGUCCUGGCAGGCCUUCGUAAGGGCUUACAGCGCACAGAGCUGUCACAGUGUCACAUGAUCACGGACUGUAUGAUGAUGAUAUUACCAUCCCAAACACAACAACCGCUGUCAGUGGUUUCUGUGACAUGAGAAAUACAGCAGCAGACAGUAAUGGCUGCCUGGCUUUUUACAUGAGCAGCACAGUGAGACCCCAAAGUGAUAAUACACACUUAAACACCUUUUUUUGAGCUGUAGACUAAAUUAUACAUCUUUACUAUCAGGAAACAUAUCCAGGCUGGUGUUAAUGUAGACAUUUCUUACCAAA